AUGGUUUUUGCUGGGCGACGAGUUGAGCUGACUGGAGUUUCACUGUUGACUAGCCUAGUCUCAUCACCUCAACCUAUAGAACCUCAAGCUAAGAUAUUGUCGUCGGAGAGAACUGUGGCUCAUAUUGGACACAGCUAUGAUAUCGGGGGGGAAAUAAACUUCCCAGGGACGCUUUGAGCAUUUCCAGGGAUGGACAAACAAAAAGGUGAAGGAGGCUAUUGGAGAGACUGAGCAUAUGGUGGAGAAGGAGGUAUAACUGAACUGAAGAUUACAGCAUGGAGUGAAUGCCAAAGACCAAGAGUGGAGGACCUUCCACUGUGCUGAACCGGCUGAUCACAGAUCUGCACUCCUUCCUGGUGGUGCUGGACAGUGAGAACCUCAGCUACAUCGCUCAGGCCCAAAAGAAGUCUAUCUCAGAGCUGCUGUCCAAGCUGCAAGACACCCCUGUUGAGGAUGCUGAGUAUAUGAUCAUGAGCUGUCCAUCAGGGUCCCCAAGCAAUGAUCUCAGGGAAACCCAGCUGUCAGGCACAGUUGGUCUGUUCCAGUCAGGACCAGACCCGGACUCAGCCGAGGAGACUUUGUCCUCUGCCUCUACCGAAUGGCUACGGAAAGGGAGCCAGGAGCCGGCGGUACCCCCCCAACCUCCAGAAGGUUUAGAUGAGGACUGCUAUGAGGAGGCUGAGCCUUUUGUUCCAGACAAUCCCUCCACAGACAAAGGUGACUCAGACAGCAGUCACUACGAGUCAUACGGUGAGGAAGAUGAGGAGUUUGUGAAGGACCGGGCCCACUACAUCCAGUGGAGUGCCUCCCAGACCUGUCUGCGGCCCACUUCUGAGUCACGCAUCUGUGGCUACCUGUGGAGGAAGAAAUGGCUGGGCCAAUGGACCAAACAACUCUUUCUCAUCCGCAACAAUCUGCUGUUGUGCUACAAAUGUGCCAAGGACCUCUACCCGCUGCUGGAGCUCAACCUGCGGGGCUGCCAGGUGGUUUACAAGUCCAAGCACAACAAGAAGAUGCAGCACGAGCUCAAGGUUGUGGCUGGUUCCGAUACAGUGGUGAUGGGCUUCCAGAGCUGCCAGCAGGCGGAAGAAUGGAGGAAGGUCAUUGAGGAGGUGAAGGGCUCCUCCUACUAUGAGCCAGAGUCCCAAAGGUUCCCCUUGUUACUCAAGUGUGACAGACUGGACUCUUGCAGGUCAAGCACAGUCAUUCACACUUCAGACUCGGAUGAAGAGAAAAUGUCGGCGCUGCCCUCUGCUCCCAGCAGUGUGGAAAUGAAGGAUAAAGGGUUCCUGAAUGUGCUGAUGAACUGCCAGUGGCAGAGCCUGUUGUGCCAAGUACAGGACGGGGUGCUGAAAAUGUUCCGAGACGAGGGCUGUGAAGAGUGCCCUCAGUACACGGUACAGCUGAAAGGCUCCCAGGUUCGACCGGGCCCCGACACACCUCAGGCCUACCGCAUCACUGUGGUCCAACACGGAGACCAGGUGGCAGUACUGGAGGCCAGCUGUGCAGAUGAGAAAGAGCAGUGGUUGCAGCUCCUACAGGACGGGAGUGUAAGCCAGAAUCAGGCUGACUCUCUAUAUGACUCAAAGCCCGCUGGAGCCCUCAGUGGUUUGAAGGAGCAAAGGUUCCCAACCUCAAACAUGUACAUAGAUGACCCCUUUCACCAGCACAGUGGAAGCGGCCGCUCACAACCCAUCUACUCCAACACGGCCAUACUGGAGCACAUGUUCCAGAAUUCCAAUAACGUCGCCAGGGGAGACUCAGUGUCAUCGAACUACAGCAACACUGAUAUCUUUAACAACCACAGUAGGAAAUCGUGUGAGGUGGAGCGGGGGGUUCAGAAACUGGACUUGACCGGGAAGAGAAGGGUACAGCUGAGAGCUGGGUCAGAGAUGAACCUCAUCACUGCAGGGAAGACCGCCAAAUGUACCUCCUUCAGACAGUCUCUGGCAUUCUGUACAGAACGGGCACAGGGUGGGUUUUUCACUCCACUACUGCGAAGGACUGCCUCUGCUAAAAACUCACUGAAAAGAGCCCCCUCUGCCCUAUUUAUUGAGCAUGGCAAGGUGUUUCAGAGAAAGAAGGAGUGGGAGACAAUGCCUUCUACUUAAUACUAUACUGGUUGUUUCGGUAACAAUUAUCUUGUAUACGUUUCCUAUUUUCUACCAAACAUUUUUGUCAUCAGAAAUGUCAUCCAUCUUGAUGAUAAUACAAUACAAUACACUAUACUUGCUUCCCAAAUGGCACCCCUUUCUCUAUUUAGCCCAUAAGGGUCUGGUGAAAAGUAGUGCACUAUAUAGGGAAUAGGGUGCCAUUUGCGACAGGCCCUUAGAUAAACAGGCUUGUUUCUCCAUUAAAACAGAGGCAUUAAUGAGAGAUUCCUGUGAGGGUAAUUCAAUUGAAAACCUUGUAAAGCCUGACUCAGGAAUUCAGGAUUGUCUCUCAGUUUGAGGUGUAACACUUUCAUUGUUUUUCUGUCUUUCAUUUCUUAAAGAACAAUUUGUAUUGUCUAAUUUGUCUAUGUAUGUAUUGCAAUUCAUCAGACUUAACUUUGCACUGUUUUCAUCACUAAUUGAGUUACAAUAAAUACACAAUGUUGAAGUCAUGAAAAAUACAUUAUAUAUGGAUAUGAAUUGAAGUCAUGUUCACCGUAUACAGUCCUGUGGUAUAAUUUAAACAUAUCUUUUUAUAAAGUGUUUUUACCAUUACAUUUUUACUUAGUAUCACUGAGAUGUUUUACAUUCCUGAAAUAUGUUGUGAUACAGUGACAUCUAUUGUAAUGUUCCCAUGUUUUUAUUAAUAGACUUUGUGUAUUAAAUUUUAGGUUGGCCUACUAUUUGCUGUAAACUGAUAACUGUGGUAAUAAAACAGUAAUUAAAGCA